AUGAUGAACCCGUUCAACAGUAAUACGACAGGCGUUCUAAAAAGACGUCCUGGUAGAGCCGCAUUAAAGCGCUCUCGACAGAAGUGUAGAGAUAGGCGUAAAGAGAGACAACUUUUAGGUCAAAGAAAACUAUGUCGACGUGGUGUGCAGCAGUCACAAACGUCAGGGCAACAGGAGUCAGGGCAGCAGCAAGAGCCAGGGCAGCAGCAAGAGUCAGAGCAGCAGCAAGAGUCAGGGCAACAGCAAGAAUUAGGACAGGAGUCAGAGCAAGCACAACAGCAGCAACAAUUACAAAAUCAGCAGUCUUCACAACAGUCACAGCAGCGCAUUAUAGAAAUACGCAAUCAAAUAAUGGCAUUAAGACGGGAACUUCAGCAGGAGCAGCAAAAUGCAGGAGGUCCUAAUUAUUAUCGUGGACGCGGUGGUGGUCAUAUUUAUAUUCGUGGUCGUGGUCGUGGUCGUGGUCGUGGUCGUGGUCGUGGUCGUGGUCGCGGUCGUGGUCGUGGUCGUGGUCGUGGCGACACAAUUAUCAUUUAUCAAAAGGAGGCUAGUUUUUAUUUUUGAACACUUAUUUUUAUGUAACAACACAUGUUUAUAA